AUGGCUACGUUAGCCGCUGAAUGCGAUAGGUUUAAAAUAGACGUAAUUGGCAUUAGCGAAGUCAGAUGGAAUGGUACAGGUGAAUUCACAAACCAAAAGGGAGGUGUACUUAUGUACUCCGGCAUGCCCGACGAACAAGACCCUCACAUCCGAGGCGUUGCAGUUUACGUAAAAAAAAAUGUUAAGCACUCAAUCUUAUGCUGGAAAGCUAUAUCCGAAAGAAUAAUAGUAGUACGUUUUCGCGCAAAGAAAUUCAAUAUGUCUCUAGUACAAUGCUAUGCUCCAACAGAAGAUAGUCCACUUGACCAAAAAGAAGUUUUUUACAGUGCGCUAGAAAGAACGCUCUCUGAAAUUCCUAGAACCGAUGUAAUUAUUCUUAUGGGCGAUUUCAAUGCCCAAAUUGGCGGAAAUAACUCAGAGUAUCGAUCUGUAAUGGGUUCUCAUGGUAUUGGAACAUGUAACGAGAAUGGGGAGCUGUUUUUGGAACUUUGUAUGAAUUAUGAUCUCAGGAUUGGAGGAUCCCUAUUUCCUCAUAAAACGUGUCACAAGGUCACUUGGAAGUCCCCCGCUGGCAACUUCGAAAGUCAAAUUGAUCAUAUCUGCAUUUCAAAACGAUGGAGUAAAGCUUUAUGUGAUGUCAGAAACAAAAGAAGCGCUGAUAUCGACAGUGACCACUAUUUAGUGGUGGCCGAACUGAAAUUUAAUAUACCUAAACAUAGGUAUGAACACCCGCAGCAUACACGGCGCACGUAUAAUACCACAAAGCUUAAUGUUGGAGCGGUAAAGAAUGAAAUGAUCGAACGUAUUAACAACGUCAGUUAG